CUGGUUUUGCUUUCUUCUCCGGCGGCGAUGGGGGUUUUAUUUGGUGCCGGCGGCGGCAGAUCUAGGCGGUGACGGAGGAGCGGUGUGGCGCCAUCUCUGGCGUCGGCGUGGGUGGGCCGACCGUCGUCGUUAUGGUUGAAACGACGGCGGCGUCUUCGCCGGAUGGUGACUGUUUCGCCGGCGAACGGAGGAAGGCGGACUAUUUCGCCGGCGACGGAGGUUCUCUCUGAUUUGUUGGGACAGGACGUUGGUUUCGAGAGGAGAGAGACGGUAACGACGGCGUUAUUGCCGCUGUCGUUGGUCGGACGGAGAGGCAGCGGUCGCCGGCGAAGUUUUUGAGAGAGAGAGAGUAGAGUCUAGAGAGAGAAG